GUGAUGACCUUGACUCGUGAGCGUCAACCGAAGGUUGUCGACCCCGGAGGCGAGCUGCAAAUCAUGCUGUCCCCGUUGGACAAAAAUGUUGGCGACGUCUGCCUGCUCGCCGAGAGCCCAUUCAGGAUACUACGGGCAGCGGAAAGCGGUAACGCCGAGGACUUCAUGCGCCUAUACCUAAGCGAGCCUUCGCGUUUGGCCGUCCGGGACGUCAGGGGGCGCACUGUCGCGCACCAGGCCGCCGCUAGGAACACCACCAACAUCCUGCACAUCAUCACCAACUACGGCGGAGAUUUAAACGCACAAGACAAUAAUGGCAACACUCCGUUGCAUGUGGCCGUGGAUAACGAGGCACUGGACGCCAUUGACUUCUUGCUGCAACAACACGUGGAUACUGGAAUCAGGAACGUGAAGUGCCAGGCGCCUAUACAUCUGGCUACUGAGUUAAAUAAGGUAACGGUACUCCAAACCUUCGCCAAGUACAAGAGCCAGUUUAACGUGGAUUUAGGCGGCGAGCACGGCCGCACCGCGCUCCACUUUGCAGCCAUACAUGAUCACGAUCUGUGCGCCAGAGUUCUGAUUACCGACCUGGGCGCCAUCUGCAAGCGUCCGUGCAACAACGGUUACUAUCCCAUCCACGAGGCCGCCAAGAACGCCUCCUCGCGUACCAUGGAGGUGUUCCUGCAGUGGGGGGAGUCCUUAGGCUGCACUCGGGAGCAGAUGAUCUCGCUAUACGAUAACGAGGGUAACGUGCCGCUGCACUCGGCGGUGCACGGCGGCGACAUCAAGGCCGUGGAGCUGUGCCUGAGCUCCGGCGCGAAAAUAUCUACGCAGCAACAUGACUUGUCGACACCGGUGCAUCUGGCGUGUGCCCAGGGCGCUUUAGAAAUCGUCAAGCUUAUGUUCACAAUGCAGCCUAAAGAGAAGAUAGCCUGCCUGACCUCCUGCGACGUCCAGCGCAUGACGCCCCUCCACUGUGCCGCCAUGUUCGACCACCCGGACAUCGUGGACUACCUUGUGAAGGAGGGCUCGGACAUCAACCCCCUGGACAAGGAGAGAAGAUCACCACUUCUUCUGGCUGCCUCUAGAGCUGGAUGGAGAACAGUUCAUACUCUGAUCCGUCUGGGCGCCGACAUUCGGCUGAAGGACAUCAAUUCUCGCAACGUACUGCAUCUGGUCGUGAUGAACGGUGGCAGACUGGAAGACUUCGCUGCCAACUGCAAGGACCGCUGCGAGAAGAGCCUAGCCGAGCUCCUGAACGAAAAAGACAUGACCGGCUGCUCUCCCCUCCACUACGCGAGCCGCGAGGGCCACAUCAGAUCCCUAGAGAACCUCAUCAGAUUAGGAGCCUGCAUCAAUCUGAAAAACAACAAUAACGAGAGCCCUCUGCAUUUUGCUGCCAGAUACGGACGUUACCACACAGCCUGCCAGCUUCUUGACUCUGACAAGGGCACGUUCAUAAUCAACGAGAGCGACGGCGAGGGCCUGACGCCGCUGCACAUAGCGUCGCGCGAGGGCCACACUAGGGUCGUGCAGUUGCUGCUGAAUCGAGGGGCACUACUGCAUAGGGACCACAACGGCAGGAACCCUCUCCACUUGGCGGCCAUGAGCGGUUACACGCAGACCAUCGAGCUGCUGCGCUCUGUGCACUCGCAUUUGUUGGACCAAGUUGACAAAGAUGGGAACACGCCCCUCCACCUGGCCACGAUGGAGAACAAGCCCAACUCCAUAGCAUUAUUAUUGUCUAUGGGCUGCCGUCUCAGCUACAAUAACAUGGAUAUGAGCGCCAUCGACUACGCCAUCUAUUACAAAUUCCCUGAAGCCGCGUUGGCUAUGGUCACUCACGAACAGAGGGCCCACGAAGUAAUGGCACUAAGGUCCGACCGGCACCCGUGCGUCACUCUCGCCCUGAUCGCGUACAUGCCCCGCGUGUUCGAGGCAGUGCAGGACAAGUGCAUCACGAAGGCCAAUUGUAAGAAGGAUUCUAAGAGCUUCUACAUCAAAUACAACUUCGAAGCCCUUUGCCCUGUCCUAACGGACGACGAAACGAAGAAACAGGACGCCGUCCCCAAAUCACAGACCGUACCGCUCCCCGCGUUGAACGUAAGUAGAGUAAACUUUAUUAAUAGUAUAUUCUUCUCACAGAUUAAGUAUUCUUUUGGCAACUACCAACACUCAAAGGAGGAGAUUGAGGCGCUGAGGGUCGCGCUGAACGACCCGAAGUAUAGACCAGAACCGUUGAUCGUGGUCAACGCGAUGGUAGCCCACGGACGAGUAGAACUCCUCGCGCACCCCCUCAGCCAGAAAUAUCUUCAAAUGAAGUGGCACUCCUACGGGAAAUACUUCCAUCUAGCCAACUUAUUGUUCUACAGCAUAUUCCUGACGUUUGUGACGGUGUAUUCGUACUUGCUAAUGAUGAAUACUGACUCGAGCUUUGAUAAUGCGAAGUGUGAGACGAAGAGCUCAAGUGACACUGGUAAUGACACAGGGCAGAAUAGCACGGAGGUGGACUGUAGGAACAGAGGAGAUUUUCAUGCAAAUUUCGAGGUGCUCGUAACCAUGUACACAAGCACGGUGGCCAUUUUGAUUCACAACGCGCUCUGCCUGGUACUAGGCGCAUAUAAGAUGAAAGAGCAGAAAUGGCACUAUAUGGUAGAUCCGUCCAAUCUCGUGUCGUGGGUGCUGUAUGUAUGCUCGACGAUCAUGGUUCUACCGACGGUGCUUGGGUUUUACACUGAGAUACAGUUCUCGGCCGCCUCGAUCACCGUGUUCCUGUCCUGGUUCGAGCUGCUACUCCUGCUGCAGCGGUUCGACACGGUCGGAAUCUACGUGGUCAUGUUCCUGGAGAUCCUGCAGACGCUGCUGAAAGUUCUCAUGGUCUUCUCCAUACUGUUCAUCGCCUUUGGACUCGCCUUCUUUAUCCUGCUGUCUAAAGGUCACCACUUGUCUUUUAACAGCAUACCGAUGUCUCUAAUGAGGACAUUUGCAAUGAUGCUAGGCGAGAUAGACUUCGUUGGGACUUACGUGCAACCCUACUAUGAAUCAGACACGGAUAGGGGCCUACCAUUCCCUAUGCCCACGUUUGCGAUUCUGGGGACCUUUAUGGUACUAAUGCCGAUUCUGCUGAUGAAUUUGCUGAUCGGUUUGGCGGUUGGCGACAUUGAGAGUGUUAGGAGGAACGCGCAGUUGAAGAGGUUGGCUAUGCAGGUGGUGUUACAUACGGAGCUGGAGCGGAAGCUGCCCACCAUCCUCCUGGAGAAGGUGGACAAGAACGAGCUGAUCGAGUACCCCAACAACAAGAACUGCAAGCUGGGCUUUCUGGACCUCAUAAUGAAGAAGUGGUUCUGCAAUCCUUUCACUGAUGAUGCCAGUCUCGAUCUCGUGCUAGAGAGCAGUGAAGACUACAUCAGCGCUGAACUUGACAAGCAGAAGAGAAGAUUACGGGAGAUGUCUCAACUUCUAGAACAACAGCACACGCUGAUACGGCUUGUGGUACAGAAAAUGGAAAUAAAAACGGAAGCCGACGACGUAGACGAGGGCGUGUCCCCGGGCGACACCCGCGUGGUCCCGCGCUGGAGUUCCCCACGCAUCCGCAAGAAACUGCGGACAGUUCCCUCUUUUAACAAAAACUAAACAAUUUAAAACGCCAUGUCACUGAGAGCGCUUAACACACAACGCCAUCUAUCGACGGGAGUUUGUAUUAACGGAAUAAAUUCGAAAUAACUCCUACAUGGCGCUCAGGUACAUGGAGUCGCUACUCCCCUUACACGUCUCUUGGACAUUUGGGUGAAAGGACUAAACAUUGGGCUGUUAAAUAAAAAACCGGAUCGAUUAUAAUAUUUAUAAUUACCCUGUAGGUACUUAAUUAAUUUAGUUUAAUGUAUAUUUAUUUGUGCCAUUUUCAACCAAAAGGGUACUUAUUGUCGCUUGUCAGUAAGGCGCUAUUUCCAUAUAGCUUCAAUUAGAAAUCAAACUUAUCAAACGACAAUGUGGUACCUUUUGGAUGAAAACGUCACAUUUUAUGAGAACCUUAGAUUGCUUAAUGUUUAGGAACUUAUGUAAAACCAAAGAUAGAUAUAACUCCGUAAUAGAUGGAUACAGUCUAAGGAAAAAACGUGCCUCGAAAAUCACGAAAAUUUGAUUUUCAAUCAGAGGGCGCCACUAGUUUUGGCCUACACUCGUAUAGAGGGCGUUGACGGUUUCGUUUGUUAUUUAUAAUUUAAACGCAUAUCAGUGAAAGAACAUGGGUCAAAAUCAUAAAAAUAAUUAAUGCAAAUAAAAAAAAUCAUUUAUCCAUAUUUAAAUACAUUUUAACGUAUUUUUAUAAAUAUUUGUUUUUAGUUUUAAAGUGUGUCGACAGAUGGCAGUGAAUUUACUGGGGUUACAAAAUUUACUAUGACAGUACCGCUCUAGUAUAAGUUACUCUAUGGUAAAACUAAGACGAUGUUAAUCUAGAAUACGAUAAUAGUUAUUUGUUAUACAAGGGUGCAAAGUUGUAUUUUACCCGUGAGUGUGGAAUUGAUACACGAGCAAGCGAAAGGAUUCUAUAGUUGAACCACGAGCGAAGCGAGUGGUUCUAAAAUAGAAUCCUGAGCGUAGCGAGUGUUUCAACGCACGAGAAGUAAAAUACAUUUGCACCCGUGUGUAACACAAAACUUUUCCCCUCACUAUAGCGAGGAAAGUGCAACAUCCAUAGGCGUUAUAUCAUCUUUAUCACUGGAAUCACUAAUUUUUUUACGAUAAUACGAUAUUAUAACAGAAAACUCUGGAAGUUGUGCAUUUUUACGUGUCGGAGCCGGUGAGAAAAAUUUUGUUGACAAUGUUGACAUUUCUGACGAUGCGUUUUGAAAUUGCAUCGACUCAACUUGUGCGUUCAAAAUUACAUUCAACAUGAUUUAAAAAAACAAAUGUUUCUUAUGGAAUUUAUGGUUUAUGACUUAAAAUCAUUAAAUAAAUCCAAUUUUGGUAUUUUUUAUUAAAUUCUCAAACCAUUUAUUUAAUGAUAAUUAAUAUCAAACGAACCAUUAUUAUGAGCGUUUUACGUUUUGUUAUCUGUCAAAAGCUACUUAAACACGGUCCAUCCAAGGUCAAGUUACU